CAAACACAGGAAGUUGACUACUACUAGCUAGCUAGCCAGCCAGAUAGCUAACUUUUUUUGUUCAUGAUAUAUACGCAGACGUUUUGUUCUGACUGUUAACAAAACUGUACUCUUGUCAGGCUAAUACGUUAUUAGGUUGCUGUGCCUGUCAUGCCAGUCGGUCGAUGCUUAGUUUUGUUUUCUGGUAACUGGUUGCUAUGUUAGCUAGCUAGCUAGCUAAUGUUAUUUAACCAGUCAGAUCAUUCAUUGCCCAGCAUCAUGCGCAUCUGCUGUUUGUAACGGUGUAAAUUUUUGAUUUUUGUCCUCGCUGACAAAAGUUAUCAUCGGAUAUCCACUUGUACUUCAAAUCAAAAGGUCUUCUCUCAGCAUUAGCACUGUGAUCAUCAUCAUGUCCAUCGACUUUGAUAGUGCUGCUCUGCAAACUCAACAUGAGGAGGAUGAAUUCGACCCAGAGGACUAUGCCAGAGAGCAAGAGCUCCACAAGCUGCUGACUGACCUGCCUGAUGACAUGCUGGAGGACAGCAGAGACUCCUCCUCUCCGGAGCUGGACUGCUCUCCCCGUAGCAAUCCAGACACACGUAACAGAUCACAACAGCCUACGUGGAAUCACCAACAAACCGAAUGGUCCGAUCACCAAACACCUGCCUCUCAUGAAGAAAACAAUGAGGAAUAUGACCACGGCUCCUACCAUGAGUACCCCUACGAAGAGGUUGCUGGGGUUGGGCAGAUCAACAGCCAUGCUAACCAUGCCAGUGUCCCCCAACAGGGCCACCCUCCUAUACCCCAGCCUAAGGCCUGGAACCAGCGAGGACUGACUGAGUACCAGCAUGAGCACCAACAUUAUAGCCAUGGUGAAGGUUACACGUACACCAGCGUGGGUACCGAGCAGUCUGCAGCAGCCGGUCCUGAUUUCUCCACGGAGGAGGCGGGGUAUGGAGAUGAGCUGUACCCACGUGGCGCUGUUCUCCCUGGGGUGGAGUACCAAGUAGUGGGGGGGGGACAGAGGGACGAGGAGAGCUACGCCGGUGGGGAUCAGAACAACACCAGGAAGCACGUCCAAAACUUUGACAGUGGCGGAUCAGGAGACCAUUAUAAGGCCAGCUACAACCCCUACCAGCCUGCUAGCCAGACCAAGAUGUUCAACUCCGAGGUCCCUCACCAGCACCUUGACGACCACUAUGACCAGCUGCAGAGAGACUUCCUGGACUCAGCACAGAGUACUGCAGACGCUCAGCAGCUGGCCCAGCUCCAGAUCCUGAACAAGGCCCACUUGAGACAGAUCGAAGACCUGGAGCAGAAACUGGAGGAUUCAAGACGCAACAUGAGAUACCUGGAGCAUCAGUUUGCCAUCGUGAGAGAUGAGAAGGAGGGUCUAGUGGUGAGUCUGACGGAGUCCAACAGAGUGACGGAGGAGGCCAAGGAGAGAGAGGUGCUACUGCAGACUAGCGUUAAGUCCCUGGAGCUGCGGGUUCAGGCGCUCACUGACCGAGAUCAUGAGAACACUAAAAAGCAGCAUGUGGCGGAGGCAGCAGUGGACAGCAUGCAGCAGCAGAUGAUGGAACUGUGUCGGUCAGACAGUCUGUCCAGAGCCAGAGAGCAACACGACAGAGACCUGACUGUGGUCAGAGAGCAGCAUGACGCCAAGCUGUUGGUGUUACAGCAGAGACUGGACGCCUGCACUCAGGCCCUGGAAGAACAGGCGGAGGUGGUCCAGUGUCUGCGUGAUCAGGUGAGGCAGCAGGCUAGACGGAGAGAGGAGGAGCAGGUGGAGAGAGCAGGAGUCAUCAACACCCUCACACAGCAUCUAGAGAAGAGCCAACAGCAGUGUGCCAAACUGCUACAGACUGGUUCAGUCCAGGAGAUGGGCCAGCUGCAAAUGAAACUACAGCAGACUCAGUCAGCCAAGACCAGGAGUGACAACAUGAACAAAGCCUUGCAGGAGGAGUUGUCUGAGCUGAAGGAGCAGAUCUGUCUGUAUGAGUCUGCAGUGAAACAUGGAGUCAUCUCUGUUGAGGUGAACGGAGGAGAUCUCUGGGAGAAGCAGCUGUCUGACUCCUAUGUAGACCUGGGGAUCAAGAAGACUAACUGGAAGAACGGACGACUUCACAGUACUCCUCUGGUGGAGGUGUCUGAGCCCAACCCCAAGCUGCCCAGAGAGAAGGAGGAAGGGGCUGUGAGGGAGCUGAGGGCCGAGCUCCAGCGCUGUCUGGCCAGUCUGAAGGGGAAGAGGCAGAGGAUCAGCCAGCUACAGGACCAGCUAUGGGACUCACAGGGACGAGUGGACCAGCUACAGACCCAGUUAGACCAGGACCAGACCAGCAACACCGCAGAAACCAGACCAAUGGACACGCAUCCAGAUGUAGCUUCCCAGAAAGAGUUGUCCAGACUGCAGGAGGACAGGCAGCGCCUACAAGAACGCCUUGAGACCCUAGAGAAGAGGAACGUGGAGCUGAAGCAGAGUGAGGAGAAGGUGAAGGGGGCUAACUCUGAGCUGUGUACCAAGAUGAGAGAGAUGAUCCAGGAGCUGGACCAGGAGAAGCAGGAGGCUGCCCAGAGGUAUGAGCGGACCCAGCAGCAGUUCAGAGAUGACGUAGUGAACCGUGUUCGUUCUGAACUGGCCCUGGAACACACAGCACAGAUGGAUGACAUCACAGCAGACCACCAGCUGCAGAUACAACAGCUACAAGCCAAGCUGUGUGAGGCGAAUGGGGAGAUGGUGGCAGUACAGGAGUGUUACAUCUCACUCUGCAAGGAGAAAGACAGGCUGGAGGAAAACCUGCAGGGAAGAAUGGAAGAGGAGGAGGAAAGGAGACAGAAGGAGCUGAAAACUCUAGAGGAGAGCAGAGCUGCUAUGGAGAAGCUGAGAUCAGACCUGGAGAGCCAGCAUCAGGAGACUGUCACCAAGCUCCGAGCCCUGUGGGCUGAAGAGAAGGACGAGGAGGUCAGACAACAGGUCCAAACCCAGCUGACCAAGGCCAAGGCUACGUGGAGGGAGGAGAAGGAGAAGACGGAGAGGUACUGGGCUCAGAGGUUGGAGGCAGCCGUAGCAGACGCCAGAAGACCGAGACCCACAGACACCCAGGAGUCUUCCUCUCAGACAGACCUCACUGCGGAGGAGAAGGCCUGUCAGACAUCCAGCCCUGAGAAGACCAAGGCUGCUCCAGGCUGCAGUAUGGAGGAGCUGGACACCAGGCUCCGGGAACAGAGGCUCCAGCUGCAGCGAGAGGCAGACACGGCACGACGCAGGGCAGUGGAGGAUGCUGGGAAACGAGUCCAGAAAGAACUACAGGAGAAACACCUGGAGGACAUGGCCAAACAGGUUGAAGGAGCAGUAACCAGAGGCCACAGCCGGUGGCUCCAGGACCUCCCCUCCCUGCCGGAGUACAAGGCAGCGCUCCAGAGAGAGCGGGAGAACUGGGAGAGUGAACAGGAGCAACAUGUUCAACAACAGGUGUCCCUAGCCCUGAGGGCAGCAGAGGGGAGGUGGCAGGAGGAGAGGCUGAGGAGUUCAGAGGAGGAGGAGCAGGGAGGAGCAGGAGGAGACCAGAGGGUUGAGGAGCUCCAAGAAGAGGUGCAGCGUUGGAGGCAGCUGGAGGAGGACCUGAAGACGGAGGUGGAGGAGGUGGCACAUCUGCAGAGCCAGGUGGAUGAUCUGCAAAGCCAGCUAGGCCGUGAGAGGGAGGAUAAGGCUGCCCUGCUGGAGGCCGAGCUACUUGCAGCCAGAGCCUCCUGGAGCAGAGACAAACAGCAGGAGAUCUCCUCCCUGCAGAUCUUCCAGGAGGAGCAGCUGAAACAGGCGCGGAAGGAGGCCAAUGGGGAGCUGGAGCGCCAGAGGAAGGAGCUCCUCUUGCAGAAGGAGGCUGAGCUGCAGCAGGCUCUGAGGGACCGAGAGGAGGACUGGAAGAGCCAGGAGGAGAGGAGGGGCCAGGUGGAGAGGAGGCAGGGCAGAGAGGAGGCACGGGAGGAGGUGCUCCAGGAGCUUAAGGCUGGGCUGAAGGAGGUGCAGGCUGUGCUCCUCAGAGGAGGAGCCCACAAAGAGAAGGAAAACAGAGGAGAGGUGGAGGGGAGGAGGAGAGCCAGCGGGAGCGUCGGAGAACUCCUCAUGUCUACCUGUAAAGACCUUCUCCUUAAAGCUGUAGCCCAGGCAAAGAAGGAGUGGAAGAAGAUCAGUGAGGAGAGGCUUGGCCGGGUGCUGAAGGAAACUCAAGAGCGCCAUGAGAAAGAACUCAACCAGAUUCAUAGCUCCACUGCUCAGACGAGAGAAGAGGGUGGUUGUGGGAAGCGGUGUGCUGAGACCGUGACCAAGCUGCAGAAGCAGAGUCAGGACCUCCAGAGGCAUCUAGAGAAGGCCUGCAGACAGCUACAGACGACCGUCAAGGACCACAAGGCCUCCAUGCAGUUCCUCAAAGAUGAGCAUGAGGUGACCCUACGGAAAGAGAAAGAGGACAACCUGCAGAAACUGGAGGAAUUGAAAAGAUCUGCAGCCAAAGAAUCCUCCGGGAGUUCAGACAUGGAGCGGAGUCUCCAUGUUGGCCUUGAAGAGAUGAGGGAACAGUACAUGAAAGCUGUUGAGAAAAUCAGAGGGGACAUGCUGCGCUAUCUCCAGCAGAGUAAGGAGCGAGCGGCAGAGAUGAUCCGUGUCGAGGUGCUGAGGGAGAGACGGGACACAGCCAGGAAGAUGAGGCGCUACUACCUCGCCUGUCUACAGGAACUGUUAGAGGACGGGGGGCAGGCCACAGGGGCUGAGAAGAAAAUCAUUAACGCUGCCAGUAAGCUGGCCGCCAUGGCCAAGGUGUUGGAGACCCCUACCAAGAGGAAAAGGGGAAAGAGCCACAGCUUCCUGGGCUCGUCAUCAAAGUCAGAGGCAGCUACUGACAACCAUCCAGGUAACGCUUCAGGCUCUACCUCUAGUAAAACCCAAUCUCCAGCUAGCCUCCUCCCUGAGACCACCAGGUCCAGUGGAGGUGAGGGGAGGAUCCUGAAGACCAAGAUGUACUCUGACCCUGACUCCAACACCUCCUCAGCUGCAGUCAAGACCACCUGGACUACUAGGCCCGUGAGUAAACCCACCCACCAGGACCCCCUGACCAAUGGAAAGGAGAAAGGAGCCCCUGCAAACACGGCAGGGAAACCCCAUGUCUCUUCAGGACUCUUCCUCUCACUUCCUCCUCACAAAACCUCUCAUCAAAUUGGUCAAACCUCCCUUGACUGUUCCAUUGGUGAUUUUACUAACAUUACUGUGAGGACCCAGACCAGCAGGGAGCUGUACCUGCAGGGGGCGGAGUCGGGGAGAUCAGACGAUGACAACUUCCUGUGUCACCGUAGUAACACUAAACCCUUCCUGGUCCAGGAGGAGCUUCCCGUUAGAGACGAAGGAGGAUCGAGCGAUUGGAGUUUGUCCAGUAAUGGGUCCCAAGAUGGCCGCCACGUCCUCGCAGUUUCCUCUUACCCGGGCAGAAAAAUGGAAACUGUGAAACCGUUCUCUUUGCGUGGUCCUUCUUCAACUGAUGACCUGGGUGAUUUCGGUCGCCUCACCACUGACAACUCUGACAUGACGGUUUACAAAGAGAUUGUCAAUGUUCAGUCUUGCGCCAAAGCCUCGACUUUCCCCAGUGUCCCGCCUCCGACCAAAGCUGUGACUCGGUCUGUCCCCAGUGUGAAGACCGGUAGCGGUAGAUCCAGUCACAGAGAGCCUGUCCCUGACUCUGAGGGGGACCGGAAGAAUCCGAACCGGUUCCAGAACAGACGGUGUUCUAAGAGUCUGUUCUCUGAGCUGAAGCGGAGUCAACAGCAGGACAAUAGUUUUGACGGUCCAUUCUCUCAUCAGAAAUAAGUGCGACGAGUCCAAAGACUAUUUUUGGCAGUGUGGACUCACUCCUGUUCUUUUCAGAAAUUUAUAAAGGGAGGAAAUGGACCAAGUGGAGAUUUGAGUGAGUCUUGAAUUUGUGUUUUGGUUCAUCUUUUACAUUUUACAUUUUAGUCAUUUAGUAGGCGCUCUUAUCCAGAGUGACUUAAAGGAGCAAUUGGGGUG